AUGUCUGUAUCUACUAAUCCAAAACCACCAUAUGAUGCUUUUCGAGAUGACUAUUCAUUAUCUGAGGGCUUAUCUUUUGACUCCUUCAUAGUCACGAAUGAUUCGAAAUCCAGACGUAAGCCUGAGCCAUUCACUAGGAUCAGUGACUUAACUCCAAUUCAAAUUCUUUUAAGGUCUUUUUUACAGUGUUGUAUUCCAAGGACAAGAUCUCUAAAGAAAAUUCAAAUUAAUGCAUCAUCUUAUUCAGUAACAACUCGAACAAGUGUCGCAAUUACUGGAGCUCCCAAGUACUUUGAAAGAGAAGAUAAGUACAAAUUGGAAGAAUCCGAAUCAGAAUCAGAUUUAGAUUCUGAUCCAAAUAUUUUGUGGUAUAUUAAUCUACCAUAUGAGUAUGAAAUACCCAUACUAACUGAAUCACAGCGCCUUUUUGCAAUACUAUUAUGGGGAAUUCGAAUGGAGUUUGGCUCAUCUAUUACAGAAAGACAUAUUAGGAAGAUAAUUGAUAUUGCUAAGAAACAAAAAGAAGAUGUUGAUACUUUAAAGGAAUAUAGAAGAAAUCCUGAAUUGCAGCUAAUGAAAUUGUGCAGAAAUGGAGUAUCAACUACCGCUGAUGAAUCAAUUAAUGAAAUAAUGAACUAUUAUACAAAGAAUAAGUCAAUUUUAGGAAUUAUAUGUAAGGCUAGAUGCUUUGGAUUUUAUUGCUAUGCUCAAAAUAGUGAUAUAUAUAAAGAUAUCACUUUAUUUGACUCAUCUUCUAAAUAUGAGUCCGGUCCCAAAUUAUUAGGGCUUUCUAAUAUUGACCAAGUAAAGUCAUAUAUUUUGAGUGAAUAUUCAAAUGACAAAGAAUCAAGACUGCAAGUUAACAAGAAAUUCAGAUUUUUUGCCUUCCAGAGUCGUGUCCAGUGGCAGGAGAGUGGAACUUUACCAAGUCCUACACUAAAGAAGAAUAUACAAGAAGAAAAUGAUAUAAUGAUACAUCUGGGAAGAUUAAAUGACCCAAAAUAUGACGGUAAGCUCAUAUAUGGAGAAUUAAUUAAAGCUACUACAAUACCUAGAGAUAAAGAAUAUUAUUAUACUUAUCAGAAUAAUACAAUGUAUGUUGACAAAACUUUGCCUCAAGAAUGA